AUGGCAAUGAAAAACUCCAGUGCUCUCAGUGAGUUUAUUCUUCUCGGGCUGUCUUCUGACCCCUACAUUCAGGCUAUACUCUUCGUGUUGUUGCUUCUGAUUUACCUCCUCACUCUCAUGGGAAAUUUCUUGAUGCUGCUGGUGAUCACAGCUGAUUCUAACCUCCACACACCCAUGUAUUUCUUCUUGAGACAACUGUCCUUCUUAGACCUCUGCCACUCAUCUGUCACAGCACCCAAGAUGUUGGAGAACAUGCUCUCUGAAAGCAAAACCAUCUUUGUAGAGAGCUGCUUUGCUCAGGCCUUCUUUGUGUUUGCCACUGGUGGCACUGAGGCCUGUCUGCUGGCUGCGAUGGCCUAUGACCGCUAUGUUGCUAUCAGCUCCCCUCUGCUCUAUGGCCAGGUAAUGAGUAACCAGCUCUGUGUUGGGCUUGUGUGGGUCUCCUGGGGCCUGGCCUUUGUUGAUGCUCUCAUCAAUAUCCUGCUGGCUGUUAAUUUAGACUUUUGUGAGGAGCAAACUAUUCCCCACUUUAGCUGUGAGCUGUCUUCUCUCUUCCCUCUGUCUUGCUCUGACACUUCUGCUAACUUCACCCUCCUGCUUUGCUCCUCUGUCUUUCAUUUCUUUGGAACCCUUGUCAUGAUCGUUUCUUCCUAUGUCCGCAUUGUUUCCACCGUCUUGAAGGUCAGCUCCACUACCGGCAGAAGCAAGGCCUUCUCCACCUGCUCCUCCCACCUCACUACUGUGAUCUUGUUCUAUAGCUCAGGUUUCAUCAGCUAUCUCUUACCAACCUCAGGUUCCUCUCUGGAAAUGAUCUUCUCCUUGCAGUACAGUGUGAUCACUCCCAUGCUGAAUCCCCUCAUCUACAGUCUGAAGAACAAGGAGGUGAAGGCAGCUAUGGCAAGAAUAUUCAGAAAAUAUUUUAAUCCUCUCCUGUAGCAGACACAAAAUCAUGAUGAAACAGACCCUGAACUCUGAUGCUACGUAACUAGAUGGACUUUAAAGAGAGUUUCUUCAUUGUCCAUGAGAAAUGCCACCAGGAACUCAAUGCCUUUUUCUUUUUUUGGAAAUGGUUGCUUGGAGGACAGAGAACUCUCAGGAUUAUCAGUCUUAUUCAGAGAAGGAGAAAUGAAUUAGCUCUCUUUUUUCAGGGUAUUUUUUUAUGUUGAUUUUUCACAUCUAUGUAA